GAAUGGAAGAGGAGCGUCGAAAAGUGGCUGAUGCGGCCGCUUACAUCCGUAAACGAGGCGUAUCAAAGAUGAGUGGACGAGUGCAAGGGCUUUCUUUAGCUUCCUAAAUCUGUCGGUCAAAACAAUUCUGUCAGACUGUCAAAACAAUCCCUGCUUGUAAACAAAUAUUUUUGUCCUCAAACAAUAUUUUCUACGAUGAUUGUGUUUCAUUUCAACUGAGUAUACGAACGAAUACUUUUUGUACCAUGGAUGCUAGACUUUUAGAGCCUGCUUUUGGACAUACACACAGCCAUGUAUUGGCAAGACUCGGGCGAUUCCUGCCGUCGCCUUAUAUGCAUUUCGGGUCGCCAAUUGCCCCCUAUAGUAUGCCACUCGCUGCUGCUCACCAUGCAGCGGCCCACCAUCACCAUGCCGCAGCUUUUGACUAUGGGCAGGCGGCGGCCGCUGCGGCAGCCAUGGCCGGCGGUGUGCCCUAUUCUAUUGACGGUAUCCUAAGCAUGACACCGGCCGGUCUGACGGCCGCUGCAAAUGGACUCCAAGCCGGUUCUAGUGGUGGGUCCGGCGUUCCGGGUGAUUCUCAUGGUCAUGGUAAAAAAGGAGGUGAUUCUGAUUGUGAAGGUGAUGCUAGUUCGACGAGUGGCAGUCAAGGGAAGAGACGGCGGACGAGAACAAACUUCAACGGAUGGCAGUUAGAGGAACUAGAGAAAGCGUUCGAAGCAUCCCACUAUCCCGACGUAUUCAUGAGGGAAGCACUUGCCAUGAGGCUGGACCUCGUGGAAUCACGGGUACAGGUUUGGUUCCAAAACAGGCGCGCCAAGUGGCGGAAGAAAGAAAACACAAAGAAAGGUCCCGGCAGGCCGGCACACAAUGCACACCCCCAGACAUGUUCCGGAGAUCCUAUUCCACCAGAAGAGAUUGAGAAGAGAGAAAGAGAUCGGAGAGAAAAGAAACUCAGGAAGCAACUGGAGAGACAAGCAAAGAGACUGCAACAAGCGAAAGUCAAGCCAGGAGUCAAUGUUGCCAGUCUAAGUGAAGCUAUCUACCAAACGCUAGGAGAGCUGAGGCAUCUCAACAAGCUAAAAGACGCCAGGGAUCUCGUGGGCGUCGAAACCUACACUCUUCUGGGCACGAUGGGUUUCGACGUCGUGGACGCGAUGACCAGGGCCAGCAAAGGACCCCUCACUCACUGCACGAACAGUGGAGGCAGCAGCAGUCUGGGUGACGUCAACGUCUGCUCCAUGGAGGACGACGACGACAACUCUGGCGACGACUACCCCACCAACAGCAACUCCCCAACCAAAGUUCUGAGUGACUUUCACCACCUGCACCACCGACCACCCCAAUUGUUGGUGGGACAGAAAGUGAAUCCUUUCAGCAUAGAGAACAUUCUAGCCGAGGACAAAGGGGUUAGCAAAGGAGAUCGGGCCUCCCUCCCUCCCUAUGUCACCCAGCCAGUUGGUUUUCUUGUGAGAUCCCAGUUGGCGAGUCCGGACUCUUGCCAAUCCAGUGAUGUGUCCCCCAGUGAUUACAGUGCACCAAGCAGUCCUGUAGGAGACACUAAACUAGGACAAGAUCAUUCUGAUUCUGAGUCAGAAGAGGACGAACUAGAACUUAGACUGCGUCUUCAGGAGGGAGAGGACAGGAACGUUUUAGUGGUGCCCUGCAGUCCUCCCCCUUCCCAGCGGUCACCGUUAAUAGGAAAUGACAGUCAUUUAAGGCAUAGUGUACAGCAAAACCUUUAAAACUUUAUGACUUAUAAAUUAAUUUAUGUAAAAACAAAAAAUGUAUUAUGUUUUGUGUGGAAAAAAACUCCUAUCGGUGAAAACAAAGUUUUAGCAAAUCAAUGGCCUCUUCGGCGGUAGUAUUAUCAUUGACUUUAUUUAUUGUAAAUUAAUUAAUUCAAAAGUGUACAAGUUUUAUUUGCACACAUUUUUCUUGUAAUAUGAAAAUUGAAUAAUUUAUUUGGCGAUAUUUUAUGUAGUUAUUCAAAAUUAUGGAUAUCACACGUCUUCAAGCUGUUGUUUGAAAUAGUCCCGCAAGAACUUAAAAUGUCUGCUUAUCUAAAAUGUCUAAUGUCUGCUGGUCUAAAAAGGAAGUUAUAAUUCUUUAGUCGAAAGUUUAGUGUUUAUUGACAUUUCCGGUCCGAAGCCAAAGAAGCUCGCUACCAUAUGGUUGUCGCGAGCACCCAAAGCACAGAACUUGUUCUGUUGUAGAAAUUUUUUGCACUUUUUCUAUUAAUUACAGAAGAUUGCAGUCGAUUUGUGUAAAUAUUUAUUAUUUUUAUUGCAUA